GCACCUAGCUGGCUUACCAACUUGUUUCAACCUACGCUGUGAUCUCAACACAGUUCCCAACACACACGACGCGAGUUACAGACUGGAAUAUUGACGUCCUGCUAAUUGAGUUCGUCGAACAGGGGAUCGGGGAACCCCUGAAGAAUAAUGAAAGUAGAGGUCUACACAGUGUUUGAGAAUUGAAAUCAACUAUGGCAGAUACUCGUGAUUUUCUCCUAGAAGAAAUUAAGCACCUUCUUAAAGAGGUGCAUGACUUUUUAUCAAUCACUUUGAAGAAGGAAAAACUAAAGAAAGAUGUUGGAUCCAGAAGAGAUGACUUAUCCCAACAGAUCACCUCUGUCAUUGGUAAAGUGGACAAGAUCCUGCCAACGGAACAGGAAGAAUAUGCUGAUGUCGAGAUAGAGCAAUCCCACAAUGCACCACCAGUGGAAGAAGACGAUGAGCUGUACGAAGAUACCUCCAUCCCAGACUCUCCCAAUAAGAAUAUCAUGUCACAAGGCUCAAACCAUGAAACGCCGGAGGAACCAGAACUACCUCAGGCAUCAGAGAAGGAUGAAAAUGGAGAACCGUACAGUGACAUGAAGAUUGGUCCGAUAGCUGUUACAGACCUUAACAAACCCCUUAAGGAAGGCUUCCUAGAGAAAAGGAGGAAAGAGGGGCAAAUAGGAAUCUCCCUGUGGCAGCGACGCUAUUGUGUCAUCAAAGAAAAUGUCUUCUACUAUUUCAAGAGCUCCACUGACAAACAGCAGAAGAAUGUGAUUGUACUGAAUGGCUACGAGGCAAGGCCUAACUCAGACUUUGAUAAGAAACACAAAAAGAGGGACUAUAUAUUUGAGGUCGUCUGUCCAGCAAAAAGAUCUUAUCAAUUCAUAGCAUCUAGCUCAGAAGAAAUGAAGGGCUGGAUUGAUGCAAUAGCUUUAGCCAGCACUGUGAUUCCUGCAGUAGAAUCAUCGACGAAGUCCAUUCCUGAAGCUGUGGCACGUACACCUACCACCGAAAAACCACCAUCCCCGAUACCGGAAGAUUUUGAUGAGACGUACGAUGAUGUAGACACUUAUCAGAAGACCAAGAUGCAGAAGACUCCUGAAGCUCCACCACCAGGUGACCAGGGUGAGCUCUAUGAUGACACCGGGCUAGAGAUCAUUGACACCGAUGAAGUUUAUGAGGAUGUGUCUAGUGGUACCAAAGAGCCAGAAGGGGCACCCAGACCGCCACCACCUCGACACGGUGCACUUCCUGAAGUACCACACACCCCGUCCCAACCCUCCAUACAACUUCCAGCUAUUCCUACAUCUCAGCGUCCAAAACCAGACCUCCCGAGAAGGGUGUCUGAUGAGAAGCCAGCACCCCCACGGAGAACGAGUGAAGAGAAGACCCCUGUGAAGACAGAGAGCUUGCCACCUCCCCCAACCGUGCCUCCUCCCCCAAUCCCAACCUCGCCUCCCAAACCAGAGCCAUGGGAAGAAGAUUAUGAGAACAUUUAUAUGGGUAUGUGGGACUGUUUUCCUAAUGAGGAUAAUGAAUUAGAGUUCCAGAGAGGAGACUUAGUCCAUAUUAUUAGUAAAGAAUUUGAUUCCUUUAACUGGUGGGUUGGUGAGAAGAAUAGCAAAAUUGGUCUGGUGCCAAAAGCAUAUCUCAUGAUGGCAUAUUGUUUAUGAUCCAAGUCAGAAUUGGGCUGUUUCCAGCUAGUGACUAAGGUUUGGCAAAGCAGAACAGGAAGCAAACCUUCUAUAUAUCAAUUUCAAUCCUUAGUAAAAUAUGCUACAUGAGAAAAUGCAUUUUAUUACAAAAACAGUUAAUGUUUACAUUUAUUAUCAUCUAUCUAUCUAUCUAUAGAUAACAUACAUGUAUUAUGAUAGGAAUUUUCUUUUUUCGUACAUUAUACAUCAUAGCCUCAAUAAGUCAUUUUUUAAAUAUGUAUCUUGGAGGUAAUCUUCCAUUCUGGAAAUAUAAAUUUAUUUAGAGACAAACUAGUAAAAUUUUGCUAUAUUACGCAAUAUUUGCAGGUGUUUUGGUGGAAUUUGUGCAUGUGCUGCAAAUUGAAUGAAAUGGUUUUGCAGCAUUCCAAAAUGAUAAUUUGAUUUGUCUAGGUUAUGCUUAUGUGCAUUCUUUAUAAUAGGUGUACCACCUGACUAUUAUAGGAUUUAAAAUGACCUCUAUUUUGCACAAAAUGGGAAGCAUUUCAAGCCUUUGCCUGCCUUUAAGCUCCAAUUAAACAGGAAAACCAAGUAAAAUAUUGGUUGUAACAUAACCUGCUUUUAGCAUUUUUAAGAAGAAGGAGCCUCAUUUUCAAGGAAUCCUUUUUUUAUAUGGUGUGAAUCAAGGUGACUUACUGGAGGCUCAAGGAGCUGCUUCCACAGAGCACCCCAAUAAAGUGAUAUCACAGAUUCCAAUAGGUUAUAACAGUUAUUGUAACUUGUUAUUGAUAUCAGGUUUGAUGAAUCAGGGCCCUGAGGUCCCCCAUGUUUAAAACAGUGUGAUCAAAAUGUAGUCCAUCUACUAUAUAUGUAUAUUGGAAACACUCAUUGUUUGUAGACUGCUGGCACAGACUUCAAUUUGACACUUAAACAUGAAUCCAUGAAGUUUGAAGCUGAGCUAGCCUACAACUUUCAUUCUCUUUAUGUGUGAGGGACAGCUAUACAGCUCAUAUAUAGUGCAGUAGACUGUGUAGUCUAUAUAGUCUCUUAGUUUACAUACUCAGUUACACACACCCUUGACAAGGGUUUGUACUGGCUAAGUAUAUGUUGUUUGUAGGUAGUUUGUUUAGUCCAGUAAACUAAUAUGACAAAUCAGAGAUCACAGUGUACUUUUAACUUUACAAACACAUGUAUGUAUACAUAAUUGUAUGAAAUUGAUAUUUUUAUAUUAUAUUUUGCAUUUAAUUAGUUAAUGAAGUUCAAGAUGUACCAAAAAAUUACCAUAGUUGUAUUUUAUACUCUAUUUUUCUAAUCAUUAAACAUAUGUUUGUACAUCAAGUAACUGUUUAGUGUGUCGGUACACAUUGAGGUUAAUUGGAAAUCUGCAGUGGUAAGCCUCCGACAAGAGAACAGAUGUAGAGCUGUCUCUUCUUGUUCAAAUGGGAGAUCUUUCAUUUUUAUUUUGCCACUACAAAAAUGUCUGAUGUUAGAGUUCUUGCAGUAGUCCAGAUUUCAGGAUAUUUAAAGAAUUAAACUCCUCCCACUGAAUAUCACUCAGGUUAAUACAAAAUAUUUUAGCUACAAAUUGUGACUAUAAUCUUUGAUGAUUAUUAGUCUGUAAUAUAAAUAUUUAAAGGGCAAGUCCAUCCUGAUAUUAAGUUGGUUUUAAUAAAUGCAAGGAAAUGAGGGAAACAAAUUAGUGAAAGUUUGACAAAUAUCCAAUUAACACGAGGGAAGUAAAUAUAAAAUGUAAUACAUUCAUCAAUGUUCCUUUAAGUUCAUCCUACAUUCCAACAUUCUUAUACAUCAAUGUCUCAAAUCUUCUGCAGACAUGAUGCAGAGAACCACAAAUAGCAUGGUGCACUUAAUAUCAUUAUACCACUCAGUUUGCAUAGGGACCAUUGUUAAGAGCAGCCAUGAUUUUAUACUCCUCAAAAUAUCGCCUCUUGCCAUUUGAUUCAAACAUGGUUUUGCCACAGCAGUUGUUUAAAGUAGCUUAUCAUGUUUGAAAGGGGGUCUUGACAAUUAUAAUUGUUUAACUCUUUUUAUUUUUCUUCUCAAGGACCUCUAGAUCUGUAUGUGAGGAAUAGCUCUUUGCAAGCCAAGGUAUUUUUUUCUGCAUUUAGUGUUUUUGUCUGUAUAUAUCUAAUGGCCAUAUCAAUGUCAGCUUAAUCAUUUAGCAAUUUUGUAUUUUUAUUCAGGAUAAUGUCAAAGAAGGUAUUUUCCAUUAGUUUCUUCAUGAUUUUUCCCAAUAAUUUACUGAAACUGAAAAUGCAAGCCUUUAUGUUAGUGCUAGCAUUAACCACGACCAUUAAAAUAACAAAUGUAUUUUUAAAGAAUAUUUUAAAAAGGACAUUUCACAUUGGAUGUUAUGUGAAGAAUUAAACAGUAAUAUUCAUUAUGUCGGGAUAAAAUUGAAGCUUUAAAAUGCUCUUGUACAAAAGGGAAUCACUUUGAAUCUAAAGAUAUAGUUUGAAAUCGUGGAUCAGUAUGCCCUACAGUAAGAAUAUAAACUUUUCCAUGGAUUUGUAUAUUUCUGACAUACGUGUACGUAUUUAUGUAAAAUUAUAUAUUCAGAUAUUGAUUUUUAUUACAGGUUUUUGAGAAAUAAAUAUGCCAAUUAUUUUGUUGAUUGCUCAAAAAGAAAUGUUUCAAGACCUAAUACUGCCUCCCACCCAUGUCAACAGCCAAGUUUGCUAGUGUAUUCAAGUUAGUUGGUGUUUCAACUCAGAACUCUGAUGAAUCUCUCCAACUUGCCCUGAAUGAAAGAACAUGUAUCUAUGAAUGAUAUCCACCUUUCAGAAGUUAGUUGCUAAUAUGUGUGCGAAGUCUUGGACAAUCUUUUGGGUUUUCAUCAUGAGAGAGUUUUCCAACUAUAUAUGACAUUUUGAAUAGAAGAGUAAACUUUUAUAUCAAGGUAUACACAAAAUACAUACAGAGCAGUUAUGAUUUAUGUCUUUACUUUAUUCCAUUUACUAAAACUACACAUGGUAAAACAUUUUUCAGGAAUAAAAACCCUCAGCAAAACGGAUAUCAACACUAUUCACAUAUCAGUUUUUAGUAGCUUAAUGUUUGCAAGCAAUGGACAAGAAUACAUUUUUAAACAAUACUAGAUAUAUUAAGCAUACAUGUGCAGCCUUAACUACCAUCUUUUGGCACCUGAUGAGUAAUAUUUGUAUAAUGUAUAAGAUAUUAUUUUUGCAUUGAGAUAUUUUAACCGAGAACAGAGACACAAAUAUUUAUGUGAUGAGUAACGCAGGCUACUUACAAUCAUAAAUGCAUAUUCUCACAUAAGCAUUGCCAGCUCAUUUUUUCAUGUUGUCAACAACAUUUAAUUCACAAAAAAUAAAUCAUCACUAAAAUAACAGCUUAUACAGUGCAUUACAGGGGAUUCGUAAUAUAAAGAAUGAGACCACUAAGAAAUGGAUGAAUGUUAAAAAACAAUCUAAUCUUAAAUUUCAGCACAACAAUCUUCACAAUCCUUUCAGGCGGGAAAAACACAACAUCUGAUUCUACACAAUAUACAAAUCCACUAAUUUAUGGUAUGCUUGCAAGGUGGAACAAAAUUUUAUAAAUGGUGACCUACAUAAUGAGUUUCAAAGACACAAGUUCAUAUCUUACUACAUGUAAUUCACUUAUCUUUAAGAUCAUGUA